AUGGAAAUUAACAAUAAGAGAAAAAGCAUUUACUACUACAAAGAUCGGAGCGAAAACAGUUUCAGUGGCAAAAGUUCCCAGGACAGCAUUUCAAGUUUGGGGGACUAUUUAAAUAAUACGCCAAGUAAUAGCGGAGGCAAAAUAAAUUUCAUGAAAAACUACUUUUGGUUUUUUAAAAGUAAUAAUAAUUCGAAAAAGAAUUCUCAUGAUUCUAUUUUUUCUGAAAUUAAAAGUGCGGAUGGAAAUAAAGGUAGCAGUCAUCAGUUAGAUGCAGACAGCGACCAUGUAAUGCAAAGCCCAGAUGGGAGUAGUAACCAUUUGGGGGAUGUGAAUGGGCACUCACUAGGGAAAACAAAUGAAGAAUCAAAAGGCGUGUCCUCUAGGAAGUCCUUUUAUUCCAUUUACGAUUACACUGAUGAGAGUGAUUAUAACACGUUGAGGGAGAACGAGCAAGAUGACUCGCUCCAACAGCAGAAGACCUUCGAACCGAGCUCUCAUGACAGGUACCCCAAGGGGGAGUGUGCGCGCAAAUACAUGCAUAUAUACGACACAGAUAGUUCGCCGAGCAACGACAGUAAUGAGGGCAGCAGCGAUGGGAACAGCGAUAGCAGCGGGGAAAGCGCCAGUGCGAAGGAGGCCCAGGACGAAGGACACAAAACACUUCCUACACAAGGAGUACAAGGCCAAGAGAAGCAGGGGCCCACGAAAGAAGAGAAGAAGAGAAGAGCAAAAUGGACAUCCCAGGAAAAAAUGGAAAACCUAAUAAACAGCUACAAAAUAAAAAAAGGAAAAUCAAAAAUACAAUACGUAGGAAUAUCAGCUAUCCUAAAAAAAUAUAUAUACAUUACAAAGAACGAAAAAAUAUUAUUUUUUAAAAAAGAAUUAAAUAAAAAGAAAAUCCUUGUGAGAAGCAAAAUUAAGAAAAGGUACAACCCCUGUGCGACAUUUUAUUAUUUACACAAGAAACAAAAAAAUGCACUUGGUACGAACAAAACAAAAAUAAACAAGUGCCAUUUCUUCAGAUACUUAUACUAUUGUAUGCUAAAGAAGAAGCUGCAAAUUUUUUACAGGACGAGAAAAUUGAAAAGUCUAAUCAAGUAUGCGUCUAGUCAGGGUUGGAGGCGAUCUUAUGUGAGUCAGUUUUGGAGGGACACUUCCAAGGAUGCGCUAAAGGGUCGAAACGUAGAGGAGAACCACGCAAAGGAGGAUGCAGACGGAGAUGUGAAGGCAGAGGGAAACACUUCUAACUCCUUUAUAAAGAUCCCUUCCCAUAGCGACACCAACAAGGCGGAAGGAUUUGUGUCUGUUCGCAGCUGCCCCAAGAGCCCCCGCCAGGACGGACAAGGCUCGUCUAUGCACCUACCUGACAGCGAAGGGGCCACUCCAAAGAUGGAAGAGGAGCAAUUGACAUAUGGCAAGAAAGACACAGCAUAUGUAGACGGGGAGAGCUUCUCCCAAGUGUGCAUAAAGAAUUGUGUGGAAAACAAAACAGGACAUCACCAAAUGGAACAGGAAGCAAAUCAGGACGAUAAAGUAAUGAAACAAAACCACAUCAGUGAUGAAAUUAAAAAUGAUAUAAAAAAUAUGCCCACGUACGACUGCUAUAAGAAUGGAGAGGAAGGAUUUUCCAUUUGUACCAAAUGCAAAGACGAAUGCAUCGAUUAUGCACAAAAGCAAGGAAAAGAUUAUAUGCUGUCGGAGGAUAUAAUAACCUUAAAGGGAGAAAUGGUCCUAUCGAAGGGGGAAGAACACAUGCACAAUGUUCAGGCGGAGGAGAUGAAUGAUGUGAUUGAUUUGGUAAAAUGCAAAAACAGCAGCAGCGCAUACGGCAGUGAUUCUCAAGAGGAGAGCUUCAAAAUGGACUCCAGUGCAGACAGGGAGGAACACUCCUCAGGUGAAGUGAACGCCUUAGGCGAAGUCAACUCAGCAGGUGAAAUGAACUCAUCGGGCGAAGUCAACUCAGCUGAUAGUAUCCACUAUGUGAGUAGCGAAAUAGUUCGAGUCGUCUCCGAUGAAAGUAUUGAAAGGGACAGUUUUCAUUUCGGUGGGAGAGAAUGCGCUGGGAACGCAGGCAGUGCAGUAAUAAAUGAAAAUAAUGAAAGUUCCUGCGGGUCCAAUGAGGAGGAAAGUAGCACGAAUAGGAUAGAAAGUGAAGAAAUGAGGAGUAACUUCAGCGGGGAGGAAGAUAUUGCUAAGGUGAAGGGGAGUAGCGAAAGAUGGAGUGGUACCAGUGAUGACGUAGCAGUGGGCAAAAUGGAGCACACCUAUGGACACUGCAGUGCUACCAGUGAGGAAGAUGCCAUUUCGAGCAGAAACGCACGCAGCGAAAGUUGCAGUGACAUGUGCAAGGAGCAAGACGCCAACGGAAGCAACGGGAGCAGAAAUAUGUAUCCGAGCAGCAGCAGUAGGGGAAGCUACGACGUCAGCGUAGAGUUCAUCGAAUCCUCAUUUAUGAAAGAAAUUCACGCAGGGGGGAAAGGGGACCACGCGGAAUGUAGCCACGCAGACAGCAUCGAAUGUAGCAACGAAGACGGAAACGAGGACAGUAACGGAGGCAGUAACGAAGAAGAUAGCCAGGCACAAAGUAGCAGUGGCUCCAAUGAUACCCCAAGCAUAUGCCAAAAUCGAUCGCAGACAAACAGCCACAAUGACACUGGGCAGGAUGGACCAAGUGACGCUUCAGUCAGCGCAGAAGAGCGCGGACAAGUUGAAGAAGAGAAAAAGGAAUCUCAAUCUGAAAAUGCAACUAGCGGGGAAAGUUUUGUUGAAACGAUAAAUUUGGCGACAGAGGAAAAUGUGCACGUGACAGGUCAUCCACAUGUACAUCAGCAGUUGCAAAAUGGGGAAAGUAGCUCACUUUACGAGGAGGAGGAAGAAGAAGUCGAAGUGGACGAAGAUGAGGAAGACGAUGAUAACGAUGAUGAUGAUGAGGGUGAAGAGGGAGAUGAUGACGAUGAUGAGGACGAAGAAGAAGAUGACGAAGACGAGGAAUACGACGAAGAGGAGGAAGAAGAACAUGAAGCAGAUGAAAUAGAAGUGGAUGAGGAAGUAAAAGUGGAAGAACAAGUAGAUGUAGAACCAAAAGAAACGGUCGAAAUGGAACCCAAAGAAACUACUCAAGUAAAACCACUCGAUACGCGAAAGGUUGUGAACUCCGAGGAGGAAAUUCAAAACAAUAUGGAAAUGGAAAUCAGAAAAAGCAUUGAAGAGAUAUUCAAGACGGUUUUCGAUAAUGACAUUCUCGCAGUGGAUUCCCAGAUUAAAAAGUUCAAUGCGUUCUGGGAUGCGGGGGAAAAAGACGAGGGAACAAUAGGAGACGAGGAGGACAGCCUUAAGGAGCAGGUGGGUGACAUGUCGGAUAGGCAGGGGGGGGACGCAGAAAAUGAGGAAGAUGGAGAAUCAAGUGAAGAGGAACUGGUCGAAGAGGACGAACCGAGUGAAACGGAAAAUGAUGAAGAGGGAGAAGAGGAUAAAGACCAACCUGGUCACACGCAAAUUGGAGAAUUGGAGGAGGUCGUACAGAAGGAACCGGUGUACACGGAAAGCGAAGUACUAGACGAAAACGCUAACAAGUUGGUGGAUGAUGGGGAGGCCGACGAGACAGUAUCCAAUGACGACGUAGCGGACGACAUGGUAGAAGAGGAGGAAUUACCCGAUGGGUGCGGGGACAAAGUGCUGCUGAGAAAAAAUGCCUUCUCCUUCAGCACAUACAAGAACAAAGAACUCCUGCAUGGGUUCCGAAUGGAAUCACUUAACAAGUGCGUCCAUGCCUUCGACAGCGUGAAUAGUGAAUACGCGGACAUGGACAGAGAGGGGGAAGAAAUGAAGAAGGAAAAAGAAAAGGGAGCGGAGGAAGAGGCUCAAGAAAAAACCACCAAACAUAAGCAGAUCACAAGGAAAAUGCAGAGCAUGAAAAACGAGUCAGACAUAGGAGCAGACUUCCAACUGAACGUGCAGAUGUCGGUAGAGGAUCAACAGCUGUACUCACAUCUGCAGAAGCGUAUCAUGAGAGAUUUAAAAAAGGGUUAUCUGAAGAAAAUGAAAAAAAUGUUUAAAAAAAAGUGCAAGCAAAUGAAAAAGGACAUUACGGACAACAUCAAAACGAUCGUGCACAAAUUUAAUAAUCCAGAUGAAGCCCUUGAAGGGGAAAUUCAGUUUGACACUAACGUGAAGAGCUUGCGAAAGAAGCCUCGAAAGACAUCUUCAAAGAAGGGUCAGAAGAAAACCCUAACGAAUAUACACACCGAUGGGUAUUGGACAGAAAGCGGUACAAGUUUGCGAGCGAAGGAAGAGACAGCGCCGUCCGUUGAGAGUUCUGUCCAUUAUGCUCCUAACUGUGCCAUCGUCACGGAUAAAGGUGUUGAUAUUGGAGGGACAAACACGGAUGGGCACAUAGUGCAUGCAGUUAUAAGUGAGAGUGAUCGAAUGGACAAUUCAACCGGAGAAGUGCUUAGGGGGGACCAGGCGCAGGUGGGAACCUCCACACAGGACAUCCAUGGUAGCCAUGAUAGUUUGCGCUUAAUACAUUCGAAUGAAACACAGGAGAAACAGCAGCCCCUGCAGGAUCUGCAACAAGUGGAGGACAUAACUCACAACAAGCAGCAGGCUCAUCAGCAAAUUGUGAGUUCUCCUCAAGGGAGUAAGAAAAGCCUCCUACCUAUCACAAAUGGAGAUGGAUCCUCCGAACUGGAUGACCAUCUGGCACGCGCACAGGACGGGAGUAACCAAUUGGAGCUGGACGUUUCUACCACCAAUGGCUCCAUGGACCGGGCGCAAAAAUAUUUCCUGCAAAAAUUAAAAUGCGAAAAAAUAUGUCUAGUGACAAAAACAUUGGGCAACAAGAGCGAAUUAUUUAAUCGGAUAAACAGCAUGACGAAAAAGUGCAUCGCGAACGCCUUCAUGGAGAGGAUGAAUAAUAUUCGUAAGGGUCCAACUGUGUGGGAUGCUACCACAAAGGAGAAAGAAAAAAUACCCGUAGGAAGCAGUCCCAUCAGUGAGAUGAAAUUAGAUGGUGAGCAUAGAAUGCUACUUCUUCACGAGGGAAAUAACAAGCAAACUGCACUUCAGUCAGAUAAGACAGAAGGGAAAAACCCAAAUGAUUAUUCAAUUGAGAGGUAUGAAACAAAACCACAAGGGGCGGAAUACACACAAUUACAAAUGACUAAAAACUCCAAGGAGCUGCAUUCCGUUAACAAUUGCAACGACAUGAAAUUAGAUGCGUGUAAGCAGAAACUGAAACGGGUGACCUCCCUAAACUACGUGAAGCACAAGUUAAGCAAAUGGAAGAAGAACGAUAAAUGUUUGAGUGCAAAACAGGUUAUGAAAUAUUAUCGCCCAUGUAGAAGAGGCACGGUAGAACAUGUGUAUGUUGCGGCAGGGCACCGUAAUAAGGGCAACAUCAUUACACAUGGGGGAAUUAGCAACGUAGGCGGUGUUAAUCAUGUGUUUUGUGUGCAACACGCGGACGCCAACCAGAAGAAAGCGCCUUAUAAAGAACAAGCAGGUGGAAAAUUCGUCCAAUUAUAUUUCCCACACUCUGCAAGUAGCAACAGGAAUAAGGUGCCAAACAACCUGUUCAUUAACCCAAAUGCAAUUUUCAAAGGAAAUAAUAAAAACGUACAAUAUAUGGUACAGAGGUGCCUUGAUGGAAAACUCGUUCCUUAUAUGGUACAGCAGCAGAAUGGACAACAGGUACAUGCCCAGUGUUACUACUACCCUGUUGGGGCGGGAACCAGUACUGACAUAAGUACGAACAAGUUGAAUAACCAUUACAUUUGCCUCCGAAAAAAGGAUGGGACUUGUCUUAACGGUUACUAUGUCCACUCGGGUGAGUCACACAGGGGUGCUCCAUCAAAUGAGUCGGACUACGACUUGGCGUUUCUGCAGAACAAGUUCACCUUUAAAGCUGUAAGUGGAGAAUUGUCCAACGGGAAGGUCAAGAUGUGCGUCAAUAAAAAUAACCUCACGAUAAACAAGUAUAGGAGGUGCAACCGGAAGGACAAAUUGGGCCCGUGCAGGGAGAGCCAUGUAGGACCCGGGGGACACAUCAGGGGGGCUGCUAAUCAGUGUGCAGUUUCUUCCAAUUGCGGCAAAACGGACAACCACCACGUAGGGAACACACAUGCGCACACUGCGGCGAAGCUUCAUAGCGCGAAUAGCCAAGGGGUAAGCAGUUUGAAGGUCAGUGGAAGCGGUGCUGGAAUUUUCCUCGGCUCCGAUGAUGUAAAGCACCAAAUGGGUGGAAAGGCAGGUGGGGCAAAUCGUGUGGUCCUCGUGGAUUACAAGAAUGGCUCCUUGGGGGUUAAGGGUGAGAGGAAGUCAAGUCAGCAAAGUCAGGUGCGCCCAUUAGUCCAAGCGGGCCAGGCGAGCAAACCUGUUAUGACAACCGGGCAAGGAUCCCUGCCUGCCGAGCGAACCCUCCGCACGCCGAACCUGCCCACAAGCAAAAUGGAUGGACCCACCAGCUUCUACACCCAAUCGCAGCUGUACAAAGACACGACGCUCAAAACGAAGAAAAAAAAAAACAACCUCUUCACCGUAAAUCACAACCUACUGCAGACGCCCCACCAGUAUGAUGACCAGAGGAAGCGCAAAAUAUGUUGCAACAUGAGCGAAGACAUUUCAUGUACAAACACUUGGCAUAUGGACGAAUCUGACCCGAAGAAUUGCAUUUUAAAAAAUAUAUGUAAUGCAUAUCACACCUGUACAAACGCGAACCAUGUACGGACAAACGAAAGGGGUGUUACCAAAAAAGUACAAAACGAAAUUAACUCGCUCAACACGAUAGACUUGCACAAUGCACAUAACUAUCAUGUGAAGGUAAAAAAAAUUUCCUCCAGCAAGAGAAAUCAAGAACGACAAGUGUGGGCAGAUGAGGCCAGCUUUAAAAAUAUCCUCUUUUGUAAUGCGCAUGAUACGAAUUUUACAAAAAUGGCUCUUAAAAAUAGGAACAUUGAAAGCUUCCACAUUUGCUCCAUUAAUUCCUCUGGCGUGGACGAAUGCCCAAAUGCGAACUACCGUCAUCAGAUGGAAAAUAUUUGCAUAUUCCGGGACUUCUGA